AUGGAAACUGAUUAUUUGAAAAGGUGCUUUGGGAAUAGCUUGUCCCAGGCACUGGCAGACGUGGCAAAGGUUCAGCCCAGUGACCCAACAGAGUACCUGGCUCACUGGCUUUAUCAUUACAGAAAAAUUGCUACAGAAAAAGAAGAGAAUAGGCAAGAGAAGAUCCAGUUGCAGGAGGAGUAUGACUGUAGCCUGAACGAAAAGGAAAUGAUGGAAAUGCUGAAACAGGAAGAGUAUCAGAUCCAACAGAAAUGUACACAGUGUCACAGGGAACAGAUUUCCACAAAGAAGGCCAUAUUCAUGCAGGAAGACACACGAGCUUUUGAGAAGGAGGCCUUGAAGCAAGAAUCCUUGCCAGGUACUUCCGAAAUGACUCCAGCAAUGCCUCAACAGAGUCCUCCUUCAGAGUCAGCUGAACAGACUGAGCAGAACUUUGAUACUCCACAAGAAAUAAACUUAGAGAAGAUGCUUCCUAUUGAAGUUGCUCAUGAAAUGCUUCCUAGUUCCAAAUUCCCUCCUUAG